AUGCAGCAGGCUCUAGAGCAAGCUUUGGAUCGUGCAGAGUAUGUCAUCGCAACUGCCCAACAAAGACCGCCGAAAAGGAAAUACUCAUCGAGCGGAGAGACGUCUCUCCAGGAAAAACUGUAUGACAUUUAUGUUGAAGAAUGUGAAGAAAAGCCUGAGGGUACGGAGGAAUUAAGAAGCAACGUGAACCUGUUAGAGAAGCUUCUUAGGAGAGAGUCGUUGCCCUGUUUGGUGAUCAACCUGUACCCAGGAAAGCAGGGCUAUUCCCUGAUGCUCAAGGGGGAAGAUGGGUCACUUUCGGAGAGCAUUCGACUGCCUUAUGAAGAACGGGAAUUUCUCGAAUAUUUGGAUGCUGAAGAAUUACCUCCUGCUUUGUUGAAUUUCCUGGAUAAGUCUGCGGUUAACGUUUUUCACCAGGGGUGUGUCAUAGCAGAGAUACGGAACUACAGGCAGUCCAGUGCCGGGGAACCUCCGAGUUACCAAAGCAGGCAUAUUCUUUUACGUCCCACCAUGCAGACGUUAGUUUCCGAUGUAGAGGCCAUAGCCAGCGAUGACCAGAACUGGACCCAGGAGGACAAACUUUUGCUUGAGAGCCAACUGAUCUUGGCUACAGCGGAACCACUGUGUCUAGACCCUUCUGUAUCAGUAGCCUGCACUGCAAAUAGACUGCUCUAUAACAAACAAAAGCUGAAGGCUCUUCCCAUGAAAAGGAGUCUCAAGAGGUUUUCUGUGCCCACUCUGAUUCAGCAACAGGAGCAACAGGAGCUGUCCCAUUGUCCACCUCCUCCUGAGCUAAGAAUCCAGACUUCUUGCAAAAAUAUAAGAGAAAGUAAAGCAAAUCAACUGUAUGACCUCAAAAUUUCUAAAGCAGGCAAGUGUGUAGAUACGUGGAAACAGAGACCCUGUAACUUGGCCGUCCCUUCUCAAGUGGAUGUGCAGAAAUAUGCCAAAGGGAAGGAGUCUGUCAGAUAUGAGGAGUCACAACCAACCCAGGAGGUACUAGGUGAUCCUGCAGUUGGCUGUGAGGCUGCCUACCAAUCCCAGGCAACAAGGUUGACCGUCAGGCAGCCAGCUGAUAAUUCACUUGCCACUGGAAAUGGGUCUGAGAAAGAAGCCACAAGGGAGAGAGAGCCGUGUCUGCCCCGGUCCUCCACAGAUGACCACUUCAAGCGUUUCCUGCCCAAGCCACAGACUGAUGCUGGGAGAGUGGUCAGUCAGUCUGAGCAACUGGUCCAGAAGAGCACCCAGUGUCCAGUGCAGACGUCACCCAGCUCCAGUGGCUCAGCCCGUCUCAGGCAGCCUUCUCCAGGGACGCAGUCAGCACAGCCUAGGAUUGCGUCCAUUCUGUCCUCAGUGCCAGACUGGGGAGCCAGACCUCCACCCCCACUCAAGAGCCCAGAGAAGAGCUCCUGCGGUGACAGCUUUACCUCACAGCAGGCGGGCAGCUCUCAGGCCCGCCCAUCUCCUGGCCCUGCUCCUCAGCCACCCAGCCUUUCCCAGAGAUCGUCUGUGCUGCUGAACAGAGGUAGCUCGCUUCCUGCAGCCGCCCCGUCCACCACAGGCGCGUUACAAAGAACCACGGACGUCCGGGUCAUGACCAUCUCCCCGGGCCUGAAGUUCAUCAAAGUAGUGGGCCCCUUUUGCUAUAGCCAGGCCUCAGGGAGAGGGUAUUCCCCUAGGGCCCCCGCUCCCGUGGGGAUCCAGCCGGGCCAGCAGCCCGCAGCUCAGCCACUGAACCUGCAGCCCAUAGCACCACUGGGGCCUCUUCAAGCUGCUUCUCUUCCUUCUCCUCCUCCUCCUCCUCCUCCUCCUCCCAGAUCGGGUCAGGUGCUUUUGAAGGACGCUUCUGAUCUGAAGCCCUUUACUCUGGUGCAGCUCCCCCAGGGGUCGGUGGUCUGGAGCAGCCAGAAGUUGUCCUCGCAGCUGCGCCUCUACCCGCUGCUUCUCCAGCAGCCCUCGCCGCAGACUUGCUCCGUGAGUCAUCGGCAGCCGGCGGAACAGCCUUCAGGUAUACAGGCUCCAGGGGCACAGACCCCAGGGGCACAGGCCUCGAUGCCACAGGCUCCAGGGGCACAGACCCCACGGGCACAGGCCUCGAUGCCACAUGCUCCAGGGGCACAGACCCCAGGGCCACAGGCCUCGAUGCCACAUGCUCCAGGGGCACAGACCCCAGGGGCACAGGCCUCAAUGCCACAGGCUCCAGGGGCACAGACCCCACGGGCACAGGCCUCAGGGCCACAGGCUCCAGGGGCACAGACCCCAUGGUCAUGGGCCUCAGGGCCACAGAUCCCAGGGGCAGAGACCCCACGGGCACAGACCUCAAUGCCACAGGCUCCAGGGGCACAGACCCCACGGGCACAGACCUCAGGGCCACAGGCUCCAGGGGCACAGACCCCACGGGCACAGGCCUCAGGGCCACAGAUCCCAGGGGCAGAGACCUCACGGGCACAGGCCUCAGGGCCACAGAUCCCAGGGGCAGAGACCCCACAGGCACAGACCUCAGGGCCACAGAUCCCAGGGGCAGAGACCCCACGGGCACAGACCUUAGGGGCACAGACCCCACAGGCACAGGCCUCAGGGCCACAGGCUCCAGGGGCAGAGACCCCACGGGCACAGGCCUCAGGGCCACAGGCUCCAGGGGCAGAGACCCCACGGGCACAGGCCUCAGGGCCACAGAUCCCAGGGGCAGAGACCCAACGGGCACAGGCCUCAGGACCACAGUGUUCGGGUUUACAGGAUCUAGGGGCACUGGGCGCUGCCUGGCCCAAUGUCACUGUCCGCGCCCAGCCAACAAUGGUCAUUCACCUCCGACGGCAGCAGGACCCCCUGCAGCCCCGGGUGCCUGGGUUGUCUCCGCCAGGCUCUGGCCAGAGCCACCCUGCACUGAGGAUCUUGCAUCACAGGAUCCAGGCCUUGAUGGACCCGCGCCAGCCGAUUUACUGGAGGAUAAUGCAGUGCCCAGUGGAUGCAGACCCCGCAAACCCCACAGCCCCCACCACGCCGCCCCCUCAGGGCCCCAAUUCAGGCAGCCAGACCGCAGGGACCCCGGAGGGAGGCCCCCCAGCCGCCCCCAAGCCCUGA